GUCGACGCUAUAUGUAUUAAUCAAAGAGACGGCAAUGAAAAGAGCUGGCAGGUACAACUCACGAGAGGCAUAUAUCAACAUGCAAGUCACGCCACCGUUUGGCUAGGACCUUCCAACACCAGUACCGACCUCGCCAUGGACUAUUUGAAGAGACUU